AUGUCCUACAACCGCUAUGUGGCCAUCUGCAAACCCCUGCACUACGGGACCCUCCUGGGCAGCAAUGCUUGUGUCCACAUGGAAGCAGCUGCCUGGGGCACUGUGUUUCUCACUGCUCUUCUGCACACAGCCAAUACAUUUUCCCUGCCCCUCUGCCAGGGCAAUGCCCUGGACCAGUUCUUCUGUGAAAUCCCCCAGAUCCUCAAGCUCUCCUGCUCACACUCCUACCUCAGGGAACUUGGGCUCCUUGUCAUCAGUGCUUGUUUAGCUUUUGUGUGUUUUGUUCUCAUAGUGGUGUCAUGUGUGGAGAUCUUUAGGGCCGUUCUGAGGAACCCCUCUGAGCAGGGAAGGAUCAAAGUCUUUUCCACGUGCCUCCCUCACUUGGCCGUGGUCUCCCUGUUCAUCAUCACUGGCAUCUUUGCCUACCUGAAGCCCCCCUCAAUCUCCUCCCCAUCCCUGGACCUGGUGGUGUCAUUUCUGUACUCGGUGGUUCCUCCAAGGUCCAAGCCUGCGCUGCCACUGGUGGCCCGAAUGGUGUUUGGGUCGGCAUUAGCGCUGGCGCUUGUGGCUGCGGACGAUUGUACAUCUGCUGAUUCGGCAUGCAAUUUGGUGUCGGAGCGCGGCGCCGACCCGCGCUCUGCCUCCCGUUUCCCUGGAAGGCAUUCUGACGUGUAA